AUGACAAAUAACAACGCUCAGCACAAUGAACCCAGUAACAGCAAAGUCCGCCUCCCCAGCGCUUUCAAUGGUAAAUCAGACCAAUGUAACACCUUUUUCUCGCAAUUGGCAGUCUAUUUUGCAGCCAACCCAAGUUAUAACACAGAUGGACGCAGAGCUAUGCUGGCUAUCUCAUGCGUUACCGGUCCGUUAUUUGCCUUUUUAGAACCAUUCAUCGCACAAAUGGACCAACUACCAAAGCCUAAAAUUCUAACCAACUAUGCUAUGCUUAGUUCCGAUUUGAUCAAUGCUUUCAGCGAUUCCAACCCAGUUAUCACAGCAGAAACCCAGCUCCGAAGUCUUCAUCGGGAAAAUCUGCCAUUUUCUAUCUACGCCACAAGAUUUAGGAUGUAUGCCCAGCAAGUGGAAUGGAACCACUACGGUCCAACUAAUGUUCUCAAAGAACAUGGAUGUGCUCUUUUGAGAAGGUGUAGUUUUCCACAUGAAUAA